AUGGCUCAUGGCUUCAUUCUCAUCCUUUUUAUCUCUCACAUCAUCUCUACAAAUGUUCAUGCAUGCAACCAAACUGAGCGCGGCUCUCUUCUGUCCUUCGCCUCCAUGCUAUCUUCUCCUCCUUUAAAUUGGACUUUAGUUAACUGUUGUCAUUGGAAGGGCAUCACUUGUAAUCAAGAUGGUUUGGUCACCCAUUUGCUCUUAUCCUCCGAAGGUCUCAAAGGAGCUAUUUUCCCCUCAUCAUCAUCACUUGGAAAUCUCACACACCUCAUCCACUUGAAUCUCUCUCACAAUUCACUUUCCGGAUCACUUGAAAUUGAAUUCUUCUCGGCUUUGAAUCGUCUUGAGAUCCUUGAUUUGAGCUUUAAUCUUCUUUCUGGAAAGCUACCAUUUUGUUUGCCAUCCCACCAUAUCCAGACGUUGGAUUUUUCAAGCAAUCGCUUCCAUGGUGCAAUUCCAUCACCAUUCUUUCAACAAGCUCAGAAUUUAGCUAGUUUCAGUGUCUACAACAAUUCCUUCUCAGGUUUGAUCCCAUCCUCUAUAUGUCUUCAUUCUUCUCCCUUGAUUAGGUUGUUGGAUUUUUCCCUCAAUGCAUUCAGUGGCAACAUUUCUCCUGGACUCGGAGAGUGUUCAAAACUGCAAAUUUUUCGUGCUGGUUACAAUAACCUCUCAGGGUUACUUCCAAAAGAUAUCUACAAUGCCACCAAACUCGAAGAAAUUGCAUUCCCUUCCAAUUCACUCCAUGGAGCCAUAGGUGAGAGAAUUUUCAACCUCACCAACCUUGCAAUCCUUGAUCUCUCAUUUAACCAACUGACUGGUGUGCUCCCUCUCCAUUUUGGAAAGCUCUCCAAAUUGAAACUCUUGGCUCUUGAUUUUAACCAUUUUGAAGGUUCUUUUCCGCCAUCGUUGAUGAAUUGCACGAACCUUGUAGAAAUACAUAUGGCGGCCAACAAUUUGGAAGGAGAUAUCUCCAUGCUCAAUUUCUCCAAACUUAGUUACCUCAGUAAAUUUGACCUAGUUCGAAACCACUUUACUGGUACAUUUCCAACAAGCCUUUAUUCAUGCCAAUCCCUAAAAGCUAUUCGUUUGAGUGCAAAUAAUAUAAAGGGACAAAUACAACCUGAAAUUCUUGCAUUGAAAUCUUUGUCCUUUCUCUCACUUGGUGGCUUAACCAACAUCACUGGGGCAAUGGAGAUAUUAAUGCAUUGCAAAAGUCUUCAAACACUCAUCUUUUCGUAUUCGUUCAAAAAUGAGGAAAUGCCAGCUGAUGAAGCCACGGUUGAUUUCAAUGGGUUCCAAAAUCUUCGAUUUUUGAGUUUUUUUUAUUGUGAGUUCACUGGUCAGAUGCCUUUGUGGUUAUCAAAACUCAAGAAUAUAGAGAUCUUAAUUUUGAAAGGUAGUAAAAUUACAGGGCCAAUUCCUAGAUCGCUGGGGACUCUUCCCAAACUCUUAUUCUUGAGCUUGGCAAACAACCAAAUUUCCGGUGAAUUUCCGCAAGAACUUUGUGGACUACCAAGGUUGGUACAUGAACCGACCACAACUCAAAUGGAUGAUUAUAUUGACCUGCCUAUCUUCACCCCUACAGACCUAUUUUGCCCGCGAAGAUUGUCCGUCUUUCCACCAACAUUAGACCUAUCUCUCAAUCACAUUCAUGGCAGAAUACCUACUGAGAUCGGCCAAAUACACCUUGUCCACAACUUGGAUCUUAGUGGUAACUACUUUUCCGGCAAUAUUCCAGAACAAAUAUCCAAUCUAAAAAAUCUAGAGACUUUGAGCCUCUCCAUGAAUCAUUUGUCUGGAAACAUCCCACUGUCAUUGGCAAGCCUUAAUUUCUUGAAAUCUUUCAAUGUCUCGUACAAUAAUCUCGAAGGACCAAUCCCAACAAGCACUCAGCUCCAAAGUUUCAAUGCUUCUGCAUUUGAGGGGAAUUCAAAACUGUGUGGCUUUCCACUUCUGAAUGAGUGUCUACCAAUUAAGGGCAUUGAUGCAGAUAACAAGAACAACCAAGGUGUGGACAAUGAGCAUGAAUUUCCAUGGUUGUAUAUUUUCACCACACUAGGUUUCAUCGUAGGAUUUUGGGGAGUGUUUGGUUCUUUAAUUGUUAAGAAGACAUGGAGAUAUGCAUAUUUUAAAUUCUUAGACAAUGUACAAGAUAGGCUCUAUGAUGACCAUGAUGAAAAGAAGGCUUAG